CCGGAACCGGAAGAGCCUCUGCUGUUAUGAGGAGGGUUUGGUGAUCGGGCAGAGAGCAAGAUGGAUGUCUGGAAGGGUGCAGGGUUAGGUGGAAGACGGUUUGCUUCUGCUCCGCAAAAACCUGUAAAACCAAGUGAUUAUAUCCAGUACCAAGAGGAGCUUAUAGAGAAGAAAAAGAGGGAGAUUGAGGCCAAAACACAAAAACAAGCUCAGAAAUCCACUCCAAGUACCCCAGUUCCCUCCUCCUCCUCCUCCUCUUCCUCCUCCUCCACCUCAAACAAAUUUGCAAAUGAUGGCAGUUUCUUACAACAGUUUCUUAAGUUACAGAAAGAAAAGACAGGCACUGAUAACUCGGGAACACGUUCCAGUGGAAAUUCAGCACCAGCUCAUAAGAAGUCUGUCCUCAUCGGAAAACGCCAUGGGUCCUCUAUGGAAAGCAUGCUAAAUCAAAUGAAGUCCUAUUCUCAACCGAAGCAGACUCCGAAAGUGACUCGGAACAGCGUUUUUAAGUCCCCUGAGGAGGAUGACGAUGAUGAAGAGGACUACGAGCAGUGGUUAGAGAUAAAAAUUUCACCCCCAGAGAACUCUGAAACCCGAAAGGUGGUGGAGCAGUUGGCUCGAUUUGUAGCAGAAGGGGGCAGAGAACUAGAAAAAAUGGCAAUGGAGGAUUACAAGAAUAACCCAGCAUUUGGGUUUCUACAUGAUCAGAACAGCCCGGAGUUCCUGUAUUACAGGAAGAAGUUGGCAGAGUGUAAGCAGAAUUGUCAGAGAAGAGAGAAAGUUGCAUCACGUAACGUGCCAGAAGAUGAAGAAAUAAAGAUGUUUGCAGAGAAGUUGGCCAAAUAUGUAGCAGAUGGAGGUCCAGAGGUGGAAGCCAUUGCCCUGCAGAAUAACAGGGAGAACCCUGCCUUUCGGUUUUUGUAUGAUACCAAUGGUAAAGGUUACCAGUAUUAUAAAAUGAAGGUGGAAGAGUUCAGACGAGCCAAGAAAUACAAAGUUGACUUUACUGAAGAACCUGAACUAAAACGAAGAUUUGAGCCAGAGUCUAAACCCAUUGUAGCACCUCCCCCCGAAUCCUCUUCAUCAUCCUCAUCUUCACCACCGCAGCUAUCCACACAGCAGACAACUGCAAAAAGGAAAAGAAAAAGUCGAUGGGGCCCAGAAGGGGAGAAAGUCGAGUUGCCUCCUGCAUCUGUGGUUAACCAGCCUCCUGAUACCACCCUUCUAUCUGAGCAGGAUUUGAAAGGUCUGGGAUAUGAUAAAGGAAAACCUGUGGGGCUGGUGGGAGUUACAGAGUUGUCAGAUGCCCAGAAGAAACAGCUGAAGGAGCAGCAGGAGAUGCAGCAAAUGUAUGACAUGAUAAUGAAACACAAGAAAGCCAUGCAGGAUGUGCAGUACAUGUGGGAAAAAGCUUUAAAACAGCACCAACAUGAUUAUGAUAGUGAUGAAGAAGUGGACAAUGAUUUUGGAACCUGGGAGCAUCAGCUGAGACGCAUGGAAAUGGAUAAAACAAGGGAAUGGGCAGAACAACUGACUGAAAUGGGACGAGGGAAACAUUUCAUUGGAGAUUUCUUGCCACCGGAUGAGCUGGACAAAUUCAUGGAAACCUUCAAAGCACUAAAGGAAGGACGUGAGCCAGACUAUUCAGAAUAUAAGGAAUUCAAACUGACUGUAGAGAACAUAGGUUAUCAAAUGCUUAUGAAGAUGGGAUGGAAGGAAGGAGAAGGCUUGGGUUCUGAAGGCAAAGGAAUCAAGAAUCCUGUGAACAAGGGAUCGACAGCAGUUGAUGGGGCAGGUUUUGGCAUAGAUCGCCCAGCAGAAUUAUCAAAGAGUGACGAUGAAUAUGAAGCUUUUAGGAAAAGAAUGAUGCUUGCUUAUCGUUUCCGACCCAAUCCACUGAACAACCCAAGACGUCCUUAUUACUGAUGGACCAACGGAGCUUACCACAUACUUUGAACUCAUCCACAUCUGAAGUGUACUGUGUCCAUCUUGUUUGCGGGUUGUUAGAACCUAUAUGUCAAACUGUGUACAGGAAAACUUGAUCUAUUCCAGCAGGAGUUUAGCCCUGGAUGACCACACAGCUGUAUCCCAGUUUACCCUCACACAGUCGAUGUUUUCCCUGGAAAACAUGAAUUUAAUAAAAAGCUUUUUAACUCUGAA